AUGUCAGACUCUAGCAGCUCUGAAGAACUAAGCCCUAGACAAAAGCAGCUACGAAGUUUCAAACAAACAGCUUUAGGCAUGCUAAUCACUUCAAGUUUUACCAGAAAUCCUUCAGAGCUUCUCACACAAAAACGAAUCCAAAUAGAGCAGCUCAACAGUCAAGCUUUUUCAAUGCAUCUCCAAAACUUAGAACAAGAAGAAGAAAACCAGCCCAAUGCCAAAAAUCGCUAUUACAAAAUGCCAAUUGUAAAAAGGCUCCCAUCACGAUAUAAACGAAUUUCUCCUUUAAAACGCCCAUCCCACGAUCUGCAAGAAACAAAAGAGCCUGAUUUUCCAGAAAUCGGAGAAGUUUUUUGGUCAAAAAUCGACACCCAUGGCUGGAUCCCUGAAACUCGGCAAAGUGCAUCAUUAACUGAAGCUGGCUCAAGGCUUUAUUUAAUAGGAGGCACAAGUCGAGAUGUCCAUUCUGAUAUCAAUGUAUAUUACCCUUCACAGAAAAAAUGAGAAAAAAUCAAAGCAAAAGGCAUUGAAGCUGACCCCAGAUUUGGGCACACAGCUGUAGAACUUAGAAGAAAAAUCGUUGUAUAUGGAGGAGAAACCAGCCACUCUAGAAGUAACAGUCAGCUGAGAGAGUGUUUAAAUGAGGUAAAAGCGUUUUCUAUUGAUGAUAAUGAAUGAAUUUAUAUUAGGACAACUGGUGUUUUGAUACAGUCAAGGAAAAAUCAUUGUGCAGCUGUAGUAGGAAAACAUAUGCUUAUUUAUGGAGGGUUAAACCAAAAAAAUAAAGCAUUAGGAGAUGUCGCUGUACUCAACAUGAAAAAUUUUAAAUGAAAAGCAUUAGAAAUCGCUGGGCAGAAGCCUAAAGAAACUGCAUUCCAUGCCUGUGCAACUGUGCUAAACACAGAACAGCUUAGAGCUGAAAGCAUUUAUAAUAUACCUACAGCAAGCAAUCUAGAUAUAAAGAUCCCUGGGAUUUAUAUAUUUGGAGGUGUAGGAGAUGAUAGAAAACCUAAUAACGAUCUAUGGAUUUUGAAUGUGGGUGGAAAAACACUAUCAUGGACUAAGCCAGUUACAACAGGAGAGCCACCUUCUCCGAGAUUUCAGCAUAGUAUGGCUUAUAAUGAUAGAGCAAAGGUAUUAUGUGUUUUUGGAGGGAGAAUUGAUACAGGCGGCUCAUCGCAUUAUACAUGUUUUAAUGAUAUCCAUAUAUAUCCUAGGAAUAGCUUUAGAUUGAGGCACAAAUUCCUAUACACUCAAAUUGACAAUUUUCCAUCCAAAAUCGUUCCUAGGCUAUACUUAAACUUGAUAAUUUGAUGUGGGCGACUCUCCGGGUUUUUGGAAAUAUCCCUGCUUCAAGAUCAGGACAUUCUGCAGCUUGUGCUGGGACAAAACUGUUUAUUUUUGGAGGAGUAAGCAAUACAUGUUUUUGCAAUAGUGAUUUAUAUGUGUUGGAAUUGAACCAAAAAGCUGUAAGAUAUACAAUUGAAGAGGAAGAAAGAAAAAAGCAGCAAGAAAUAGAGAUGGCUUUAAUGAAGGAAAGAAAGACAGAGGAGCAUCAGAAGAGGAUUAGCCCUGCAAAGCUUAGAGGGAUAGAAAGACCAGGGGUUAAGUUUCACUUAAGUGAUAAUGUAUCAGCAUAA